CUGCGUUCGGGCGUGAGGGAACGAUGUAAACACCAAUAAAAUUCACUCAUGGCUUUUCAAUCAUGGACACACGUGUCGCGACAAUAUUUGCUAUACUUUGUGUUUUUCUUCUUUAUAGGACUUCGCCUUCGAUUCAAGCAGAGAAACACUCAUUGUGUUACAUUUACACUGGUUUGUCCAAAUCUGUGGAUCGGCCGGGCAUCUAUAAAUUCACUGCUAUGGGUCUGCUAGAUGACAGACAGAUCGACUAUUAUGAUAGUGAAGAAAAGAGAAAGAUUCCAAAACAACACUGGAUGAGAGAGAAACUGCCAGAGGAUUACUGGGAAAAAGGCACCCAGUCUAGAAGGAAUAAGGAACAGUGGAUUAAUGACAAUAUCCACAUUCUGAUGUACCGAAUGAGACACAAUACAUCAGAUCUUCAUGUUCUUCAGUGGAGACACGGUUGUGAAAUUGAACAGCAGGUAAAAGAAACAAAAAGCAUUGAUGAGUAUGGCUAUGAUGGAGAAAACUUUCUGUCUUUUGAUGAUAAAGAGUCUCAAUGGGUCACUCCAGUUGAAGCAGCUCUACCAACCAAGAGAAAAUGGGACAAUUUGCCGAUCUUAGACCAACACACGACAAAGUACCUGAAUGAAGAGUGUGUGGACUGGCUUAACAAAUUCAUAAAAUAUGCAUAUGAUGAGUUCAGAAAAGCCUCUCCUCCAGGUGUUCAUGUGUUUGCAAGGAAAUCCAAAAAUGAAACCAAGCUGAAACUUACCUGUCUGGCCACCGGCUUCUACCCCAGAGAUGUGACAUUAACCAUUAGGAAAUAUCGUGAACCUCUGCCUGAAAAUGAGAUUAAAUCCACAGGAGUUCGUCCAAACCAUGAUGAAACCCUCCAGAUAAGAAAGAGUGCAGACAUCAGUAAGGAUGACAAAGCAGAAUAUGAUUGUUUUUCUGCUCACAGAACCCUCAAAGAACCAAUUAUCAUCAAAUGGGAUGGACAAUACCAGGACUGGUCACCAGAGAUUGUCACACUCACAGUUGUGAUUCCACCAGUGAUUGCAGGUUCCCUUCUGGUAUUUGUUGUGGUUUACAUAAAAAGAAAAGGAAUUAUUGUUUCUCCUACAGGACAAUACACUGGUAGUGAAACAUCAGACAGCAGGGCCAGAAGCUCACAGGAGCACACUUCCCAAGAGGAUGAGGACAAUAAUGAAGGACUGAUAGCUGUGGAUUUACUAAAAAAGAUGGGCCAUAACCCUAAAGACAACAGCCGUUUAACAGCUAAUGCUUUAAACGACAGUCCAUACUAAGAAGACAAUGUAAAUUGAAUAUUCUUUUUUUAAAGGGUGACUAUGCCUUAAUUUUUCUGUUAAACUGGUGUCAUUUGUUCAGAGUGAAGUGUUCAUGAAUGUAAUGAAAAUAUUUUGUAUGUUUGCUGCAUGUUUAUUUUGUAAUGUAUUUUUAUUUUUGUUUUUUUUAUUGAUUUAUAUUUUUACCUUUUGUGUUAUUGGUGUUUUUAGUCAUUUUGUUGUAAAGCACAUUGGUCAGCUCUGGUUGUAGUAAAUACCCAGAUACCAUGUUUUGAUCCAAACCAUCAUUUUGGUUGAGAUUGACAUUUCAGUGUUUAAUGUAUGUUGGAUCAACAUUGGAAUUUUGAUGAAAGCCAACAGCACACAUGGGUGGAGACAGUGACAUUGAGCUAACAGUGAUUUGUAGUGGAUGAGCACAAGAUCCUGCAGGAAUGUAGCUGCAGUGUAAUUAUUGAUAUCAAAAAUUCACAUUUUUACUAGUUUGAAUUGUAUUUCUGAUAUGUAUAAUUGGAAUUUCAACUAGUAAGUAAUCAAUACUUAUUUCUUCAACAAUUGAAU